AAAAAAGGUUAAACUUUGGUACGUCAGUCAAUGUGUGUAAUCAUCUCUCUCUAACCCACAGACCUUCCCUGUCUCUCCGCCUUUCUGCCCCCCUUUUCUCUUUCACACUUCUUCUUCUUCUUCUUCCUCUUUUGAUAGUCUUCAUACAAACGCGUAUUUCGCAAUUACUACUGCCCCAGGUCAUCAUAAAUAUUUGUAUUAUUGAGAAAAUUAAUACUACACAAAACAUACACACAGACAGAUACAUAUAGAAGAAACUGAUAUCGGAAAAGAACAAAAAAAAAGAAAACCAUUGCAAAAACUCUUGUGCUGGUUUUCAUCAAUUUGAGAUCUCAAGAUUUGAUUUUGAUAUUGGGUUUAGUCUUAGAUUGUGAAGAUUCUAAAAGGGUCUGUUUUGUUUUCCUUUUCUUUUUUCUUCUUUUUUAAGGAAAAAAAAAGAAUUGUUGUCUUGGUAUAUAUAUAGCUGGGUAGGAAUUCUGGAGUUUCUAGUUUAUGGCUUCGGCGGCGGUUUUCUCAUCAUUGCGCCGGCGGAGGACGCCUUCACUGGAAGCGUUAUUGGCGCCUGUGGACAUAUCAGACGUCAAUCUGUUGGUAACUUUGGCAGGACUUUCAUCCCAGCUCAUUUCAACUUUCCAGUUAAACAUUCGCGCGGUCUCGUUUCAGCUCAAGAAUUCUCGGAACCUGGUCAGAAAGAUUGAAGUUUUUGCUGUUCUUUUGGAAUGUUUGGUGGAUGUUUCAUCAGGGAUGUCACCCCGAUUGUCCUCCACGGCUGCUCUGUGCUUUAAGGAGCUCUACCUUGUGCUUUACAGGUCGAAAAUUUUACUUGAUUACUGUCUACAAUCUAGUAAGAUGUGGCUCUUGCUCCAAAAUCAUUCCAUCUCAGGUCAUUUUCAGGAUUUGAAUCAAGAAAUUUCGACCCUUUUGGAUGUUUUUCCUCUGGAUGAAUUGAAUUUGCCUGAUGACGUUGUUGAACAAUUAGAAUUAUUGAAGAAACAGAAAUCUAACUUGUUCAUUGAUAGAACAGAUGAACAAUAUAGGAUGAAACUUUAUUCUUUCUUGAAUCAAUUUGAGUGUGGAUACAUCCCCGAUCAAUUGGAACUUCACACGUUGUUUGUGGAAAAUUUGGGGAUUAGGGAUACUAGGAGUUGUAGGAUGGAAAUUGACUUCUUAGAAGAGCAGAUUGCAAAUUAUGAUGGGGAUAUGGAGCCCACAGUCUCCGUGCUGUAUGGUUUUGUAGCCUUGACGCGGUAUUGUAGGUUUUUGUUGUUUGGUUUUGAGGAAGAUGAGCUAGAAACGAGGGUUAGGAAGCAUAAGAAACUAAAGAGAGGAUUGCUUGCUCGAGAGAUAGCAGAGACAUUCAUUACAGUUCCCAAGGAUUUCUGCUGUCCUAUAUCAUUGGAUUUAAUGAGGGAUCCAGUGAUCAUUUCUACAGGGCAGACUUAUGACCGAAGCUCAAUUGCAAGAUGGAUGGAAGAAGGGCAUUGUACUUGUCCGAAAACUGGACAAAUGCUUGUUCACACUAAUCUUGUGCCUAAUAGAGCUCUAAGAAGUUUGAUCAUGCAUUGGUGCAGUGCUAAUGGGUACCCUUAUGAUCCACCCGAGCAUAGUGAUUCUUUGUUGGACUGUAUUACUGGUUCUUCACCUACCAAGGCGACAGUUGAAGCCAAUAGAGCCACUGUUGGAAUACUCAUUCAUCAGCUUGCUAGUGGGACGGAGUAUGCAAAAACUAUUGCCGCACGUGAGAUAAGACUGCUAGCUAAGAAUGGGAAGGAGAAUAGAGCAUAUAUUGCAGAAGCUGGUGGAAUUCCCUACUUGAAAAAACUCCUUUUGUCUCCUAAUGCUGUUGCUCAAGAGAAUUCUGUCACUGCUAUGCUUAACUUAUCCAUCUAUGAUAAGAAUAAGAGCAGAAUAAUGGAUGAAGAAGGGUGCCUAGAAUCAAUCGUUGGAGUUCUUAGAGUUGGGUACACCACAGAGGCUAGGGAAAAUGCUGCAGCUACUCUAUUCAGUCUCUCAGCGGUUCAUGACUAUAAAAAGAGAAUAGCAGUAGAAGAUGGUGCAGUUGAAGCCUUGGCAGGGAUGUUGAGAGAAGGCACACCUCGGGGUAAAAAGGAUGCUGUGACUGCCCUUUUCAAUCUAUCAACUCAUACAGAUAAUUGUGUGAGGAUGAUAGAGUCAGGAGCUGUUACAGCUCUGGUUGGUGCCCUGGGAUGUGAAGGUGUUGCUGAAGAAGCAGCGGGAGCGUUGGCAUUGAUUGUCAGGCAGCCAACGGGGGCUGCUGCGGUUGGAAAUGAGGAAAUGGCAGUGGCAGGAUUGAUCGGGAUGAUGAGGUGCGGCACACCAAGGGGGAAAGAAAAUGCAGUUGCUGCUUUGCUUGAAUUAUGUCGUAGUGGAGGUGCAGCCAUUGUGGAGCAGGUGUUGAAAGCUCCUGCGCUUGCAGGUUUGCUUCAAUCCCUGCUCUUCACGGGAACAAAGCGAGCACGAAGAAAAGCUGCAUCACUCGCUAGAGUUUUCCAUAGGUGUGAGCAAGCAUCUAUACAUUACGGUGGAUUGGGAGUAGGCUAUGCAUUUGCUGCCGGGAAUUCUACUACAAGUAGGGACAUGAGUUUCACUAGUGAUUAUUCGAUGCCUGUACCUGUGUCAGUGCCAGUAUUAUAAUGGUAACUUGCACACUCAUGCUGUUGUUUUAUUCAUUAUUCCACCAUUUUUUCCGCCUCCUAUAUCCAAUUUUUAAUAAGUUACAUAUGUAAAGAUGAGAAAUGCAGUUAUAGAAAUACAACAAUUGAUUAAUUUGAGCCAUUACUGCGUUCCUGUCCUUUUGCCACCUAAUAUAAUGUAUUUAACUGAUAAUCUCUUGACAUUUUUAUGUAGACCUGGUUAACAACUGAUGUGAGUUAACCUUAUGGUGGUAAAAAAUUUAAUCAUUUCCAGAAAGAGAUAGGUUAAUCGGGGUGGUUUCUCUGUUCCAAAUGAAACAGUAUCUUUAUUCAUAUGAAUGCUCAUGUUAGUGUUCUUUCUGGUACAAAGGAUCUGUACUUCGUUAAUCAGGCCCAGAAGAAUUAUUUUGAAGGUUUGGAAGUAGAAUCGCAAGGAACAACUUGGAAAAUCAUCCUCAAUUCUUCGGAAGACUACCUACAUCUCGUUUGUCUGUUUUGAGCUCAUGAGGCAUGAUUUAGGCUUUACUUGAUCCUGGAAAAUAUAAAUUAGGUAUGGAAUAGGA